AUGACUCUGUCGACUUCUAGAAUUCUGCUUAAGAAGGGAGUACUUCUCAUCCACGACAAGGAUGGAAAUGUGAACCCUGUGCGGUCGGACUUGCUGGUGGAGGGAGAUAAGAUUGUCCAAAUCAGCGACGACAUCGAGGCCAGCGGUGACCAUGUCAAGGUGUUCGACUGCGAAGGCAAGGUGAUAUCGCCCGGUUUCAUAAGCACACACCACCAUGUCUGGCAGACCGCUCUCAAGGGUCGUCACGCCAACCACAGUCUUCUCGAGUACCUCCCGACUGGCAGCUAUGCUGGCGCGCUCUACUCCGCCGACGACGCCUUCUGGGGAGAGCUCGGUGGUGCACUGGAGGCAAUCGACGGUGGCACCACCACGGUUGUGGACCACUCCAGCCUGAACGUUGGCCCCGAGUACCCGCCGACCAUGAUUCAAGCUCUCGCCGCCUCUGGUCUUCGAGCUGUGUACUGCUAUUGCGUCCCUACAGUAGUGUCCAGCUGGAGUCCGCUCACAUGGCAGGACGACUACACCUCCCCAGAUGUUCUUGUACCCUGGAAGUCGCUCGCUUCGAAUGGCCCAUACGGAGAUGGGAGGAUCCAGCUCGGCUUCGCGGUGGACAAUGUGCACCAGUCGCCCGACGAGAUGAAGAAGCUGUACUCGGAGCUUCGUGCGGCGAAGGCCAAGGUCAUCACCUCCCACAGCGCCGGGGGCCUGGCAUACGGCAACGGUCCCAGCGUGGCUCAGCUCCUCGAGGGCCACGGCCUUCUCGGGCCCGACAUCCUAGUCUCCCACGCAAUCUCCCCCAGGGAUGGCGACGCGGGUCUGUUCGCGAAGCGCGACGCUCACAUCUCCUCGACCCCCAACACGGAGCUCCAGGCGGGCGCGCCUCCCGUCUGCCUUCGCCCCGAGUUCGAAGCGCAGUCGAGCCUGGGCGUGGACUGCCACUCCUGGGGCAGCAGUUUCAUGCCGAGCCAGAUGCGUCUCGGUCUGCAGCACGCCCGUACGGAACGCUGUGCGGACCUGGGUAGGCAAGGCAAAUGGAGCCGCCACGUCGGUCCCUCAGCCGAGCAGGUCUUCAACCUCGCGACCAUCGGCGGUGCUCGAGCGAUCGGCAUGGCCGGCGAGGUCGGCCAGAUCCGCGUGGGCGCCAAGGCGGAUCUUGUGAUAUUCGACACCGGCAGCCCCUCGAUGCUCCCGGCCGCCGAGGAGGACCCCGUCGCCGCGAUUGUCUUGCAUUCGAGCGAGCGCGACGUGGAGACCGUCAUUGUCGGCGGUGUCAUCAGGAAGGAGGACGGGAAGCUGAUGCCUGUGUCUGUUGCUCAUGAAGUCCCGGGGGCAAUCGAUCUCGGCCUCGUUGGAAAGGAAAUCACUUGGAAAGAUGUUGCCAAGGAGCUGCUUGAGAGCCGGAAGAGGCUCAACGAGAAAGUGGAGGGCAUUGACAUGAAGGCUGCCGAGGAGGUUGUCAUCACCAACUUUUACAUGAACCGAAAGGACAUGGUGGAGCAGGCCUGA